UGGAGGCGCCGCGGUGUUGGUAUACAAGCUGUGAAGUGGGGAAGUUCUUGGCCCGGCGGCGGCGCUUAGUUACAGAUCGGCCAGCGGGAAGAGCAGUGCGCCGCUCCAUCCCGGACUGACCCUCGCCGCCCGCUGUUGCUCCUCCUCAGGUGGGGGACGCCGCUACACACACACACACACACACACACACACACACACACACACACACACACACACACACACACGUACCACUGCCACUGCCACCCUCACCGCCAAUAGAGGGGGUGAGGGGCGCGCCGCGAUGGGUGGUGCCGGGGGAUGCCACGGUGCCUCCCUCGGGUUUGAGUCUCUCGGCACCUUCACCGUCAGGAUGCUGGUCGGGGCACUGGUCACCUUCGUUCUCGUCAUCGUCGUGAGUCUCCUGGCCUUCUGGCACGCUGGAUGUCCCAAGGGAGGGUUUCAGUGCAGGGACGGCCAGUGUCUCGCACGUAGCAGGAGGUGCGACAACGAGAACAACUGCUCAGAACGCGAGGACGAGGAAGAUUGCAUGUUGCCAGAUAACGUGGACUUGAGGCAUCCUUUACUUCCCUUGCCACCAGCACCUCGCCUUGCCGUAUAUGCGUGUGCCCGGCCCCUCGCAGCCUUCAGGAGUGCGUGCUUCCCUCACCGCCUCACCUGAGCCUCGCGCACUGCCACCUUACGACCCACUCAGGCAACAAAGACGCCUCGGGGAUAAAGUUUCCUCGUAGCGCCUCCACUCGUCUCCCACAGAGCUAUAUUGAAGCGCCACUCAGGGCGAGGCGAGGGAGACGCGCUAUUGGAACCCUCAAUGUGACUCUAGAGGGCCCUGAAGCGCGGUGGCCGGCGAGCAGGAGAAAGGCAGUGAUUGGAUGCCUAUCGAGGAAAAAGAAAGGGAACGACAAGGCGAAUCUGGACAUUUCUGUUUGAUAAAAAGAAAAAUAUUUCAACUAGACGUGUAACUGUAGCCGGGAAUCGUGAGAAUGGUAAAAGUACUGGUCUACAUGCAGCGCAAAGUGCUCGCUUGACUUAUGACGCUAUAAAAACUUCUAAAACGGCUCCCACAGGCUCGUUUCACGGGGGGAGUGCGUGGCGCGCUGCCCGCCACACCACCAGGGCUGCUGUCACGCCGAGGGUUUUAUGGACAGCAAGAAAAUAACACACUCGUCUUUUCUCAACUCGUUACUCAGAACAAAGCGCGUGAAAUUCCUGCCAAGGGCUGAGCGCCGCGUGCUACUCAAGGGUGGCAGUGGUUCAAAAGUUCCUUUGUCCCAACACGCCGGCGAGGCCACCCACGCCAGGAGUGCCGGCGGGAAGGAGCCUGGAGACGCCACACCCACGCGCGCUGGAGAACCACCUGGAGAGUCACUCUUUAAAACCGGAGUAAACAAAACCUUGUCUUCCAUCUGCCGUAAUGACAAUGACACUGAGAAGAAGACACGGAGAACCAGAAGGAGGCGGCAGGUGACAGGAGACGUGACGAGCAAACCUGAGACAAACACGAACCUUCAGCCUUUGGAGCAGACUUCCGGAAACCUGGAUUUUGACAACGCAACAUCCCUAGUGACCUCGCCUAUCAACAUGACCUUGGAGGAGGAGGCGACUACGGAGAAAAGUACGGACGCGGAAGAGGUUGAAGGCGAGGGAGCAGCACCACACGCCCCUGAGGUCCUCGCCCAGCAACCAGGGGAGGUGCGGGAAUCCUGCCACUGCGAGCUGAGUCACCUCACCUGCGUAGGGACUCACAUGCGGAACAUCUCAGCCAGGAUCGUGGGUGAAAUGAAGCAGCUAACUGUGACGCUGGACGACGCCGCCACACUGGAAGAUAAGGUGUUGACCAGAUUCACCAACCUCCGAACACUAUCACACACCUCGGGGGCCUCACCAAGCUGCCCCACCGCCUCUUCGUCAGCCUCCAUUACCUCGAGCACCUUUACCUGACGGGGAACAGGAUCCGGGAGGUGGAGGAGAACACGUGCCUGGGUCUGGGUGUCCUCAAGGUGCUCUUCAUCAAUAGGAACAGGAUCACCUCCUUUGACCUCACCUGUUUCCAGUACACGCCAGCACUCCAGGACCUGUACCUGAACAACAACCGCCUGGCCAGCAUCACCAACACCCUCCUGCUGCAUCUUACCGCCAUAAGGACCUUGGACCUUCGUGACAACAGAAUAGCAACGAUUCAUCCACUUGCCCUCAGCUCCCUCACCCACCUUCGGCAUCUGUGAGUGUUUUCAGCGGUGGUGAUGGUGAUGGUGGCGGUGGUGGCGGAGUGCAGGGCGGUGUAAGAGGCUGAAUGAUAGGUGUUGAGCGAGAGGUGGUGGUGAUGGUGGUGAUGGUGUUGGUAUAGCAUCUUCUAGACGUCAAAUCCGAUUAUCACGUGAUUGAGUUGUCUGAGAGAGAGAGAGAGAGAGAGAGAGAGAGAGAGAGAGAGAGAGAGAGAGAGAGUCAUUCUUUAUUUUUAUGUCCUACGGAUAAUCCCACUGAGUUUACUGGUAUUGAAUGACCAGAGAGAGAGAGAGAGAGAGAGAGAGAGAGAAUCAGUCUUGCUUUAUUAGAUAUCUCACGUAUGACCUCCCACUGUGAGUCCUUUCACGUGAGAAUGAGUUUGUGGUAUUGAAUGAGUGAGAGUGGCGGUGAGAGGCAUUGCGAGGAAACUGGGUGAGAGAGAGAGAGAGAGAGAGAGAGAGAGAGAGAGAGGUACCCUUAUACACAUCCCAGGACUACAAACGCCACAUGACAGAAAUGCAAUCGACAAACUAAUAGAUUUUUUUACGUAGGGCAAUUUAGUGAACAGCUUUCCUCUCCUUUCCCAAUGCACACGUUUACAUUCCCCAUGAUUUAUAACAUAGCCUGCAUAAAUGUUAGUAGAAUCACAAAACACCCUUGAAAACUCUAAUAACCUUUAAUAAAACCUGCAAAACUACCAUUAAAACCAUCAAACAUCUUGAAAACACUAGUAAUCUCAUAAUGGAGCCCGUGUAAAUAUUAGUACCAUCACAAAACACUUGAAAACUCUAAUAACUUCUAACAGAGCCUGCAUAACUACCACUAGACCAAUUGACUCUGCCUCUGCGUGAAAAUAAUUAAAUACACUUUUACACGUAGGGACUCAGAACGUAUAGAUGUGUUUGAAGUUUUAAAUGUAUGAUUAGUGGGACGUAUUACAGCACUGGUUUAAGUGGUGGGACUGUGUAUUUGUGUAUCCCAUGGACAAGAUACAUGGCUGAGGACAGGAGAAGGAUACAGGUCUGUUCUUAAUCAGUCAGUCAGUCAAUCAGUCAUGUUCAAGUAUGUAUGUGUCUCUUUAACGUGUUCAUUCAGUCAGUAUCAAUCGUUUAUUCAGUUAGUCAGUCAGUUAGUCAUGUUCAAGUAUGCAGGGUCUUUUUAACGUGUUCAUUUAGUCAGUAUCAAUCAGUUAUUCAGUUAGUCAGUCAGUCAAACAGUCUACCGUCUAGUAAAACAGAUCCCUUCUUUUCAUUAAGGUGCUCAUUCAUUCAGUCAGUCAGUUAAUCAAUCAUUCAGCCAAUCAGCUUCAGCUCUAGUCUACAGAUCCCUUGUUUCCUAAACCAUUACGUUAACAAGAAGGUAAUUCCCAAAACGACUCAUUACACACAUACACACACACACACACACACACAAUAAAGCCACCUUGACUCUCUCUCCGUUGGCUUUUCUGAGUAGUACAAGUGACGAGUAUAAAAGUUGAGAGACGCUGCUGUGUGUUAGCGAGGCGCCCCGACCAGUGCGUGGAGGCUGCGGCUGUGGUGUUGUUCUGUUCGCAGUGGCGGCAGUGGAUGGGUUGUGAGAGGUUCCUCCUCCUCCUCCCUCCUACAGUGUGAUGUCAGGGAACCGUGUGACGUCCGUGGCGGGGCUGUUCCAGGGCCUCAGUCAUCUCAGUAUGCUGAAACUGGAGGACCUUGACUUGCACGACAUCCACACCAAGAACUUCCACAUCCUCCCGGGACUCAAGUUUGUGUACUUCGACACCUUCAGGUACUGUCGCUACGUGCCCACUGUCGCCGUCUGUCUCCCCAAUUUUGACGGAGUCACCAGCACCGAGGACCUGCUGGGGUGGCGGACGCUGCGGGUGGCGGUGUGGGUGAUGGCGCUGGUCACCUUGUUCGCUAACGUGGUAGUCAUCUUCUGCCGCGCCAUCUCCAGGAAGGACAAUAAGAUACUGAAGCUAUUUGUCAAGAAUUUAGCAGCCGCGGAUCUCCUGAUGGGGGUGUACCUGGUGGUGAUCGGGGUGCAGGAUGCCAUGACCAGGGGCAGCUUCAACUCACACGCUCUCCAGUGGGCGGAUUCCUACACCUGUAUCCUUGCGGGUGUCCUGGCUAUGGUCUCCUCUGAGACGUCGGUGUUCAUCCUGUCUUUCAUGUCCCUGGAGCGUUACUUGUACAUUAGCGAGGCACUGGACGGCCGCACUCUGUCCCUGCGAGGCGCCCGGCUGUGUCUUGCCAUCAUCUGGCUCACCUCCAUCAGUUUGGCCUUCUUUCCCAAAAUGGUGGUGGUGCGGGUGUACAGAACAUUAGGGGAGACAGAGGAGAGUGGAAGCGCCGGCCUGCUGCUUCAACGACUGCGGAUCGCGUGCCCCUCCCUCGCGCGCCUCCAGCAGGAAACGUGCUACUACAUUCUGGUCGACGGGAAAAGUGGUGAAGAAGAAGCACAGACGCAGGAUGUGAUGCAGGUGCUGGGCAGGGAGGCAGCGUGUCAGAUGUGGGGGCUGCUGGGAGACCCUUGGCUGCCUGACUCAGGGCUGCACAUCACCACACAGCUGCAGGCCAGCCACGACUCUCAGGUUCUGGUGGAGAUUGGGCCCAGGCUGACCUUCACCACAGCCUGGAGCACCAAUGCAGUCAGCAUAUGUCAGGCGGCAGGGCUGACAUGUGUGAGGCGCCUAGAGCGAGCUCACCGUUACCUGGUGACUGCCUCUGCUCCUUUCUCACAGGAGGACAGGCAGAAGCUGGUGGCAGCACUACAUGACCCCAUGACCCAGCAGGAAUAUGUUAAGCCCCUGGACAGCUUUACUCUCAAAGUGGAGCCAGAAGACUGGAUAGAAGUGGAUGUGUUGGGGAGUGGCAAGGCAGCAUUGCAGGAAAUCAACAAGAAAAUGGGACUUGCUUUUGAUGACUGGGAUGUAGACUAUUACACUGAACUCUUCAAGACAAAGGUGCAGCGAAAUCCAACCACAGUAGAGCUGUUUGACCUUGCCCAGUCCAACUCUGAGCACUCUCGACACUGGUUCUUCAAGGGGAAAUACUGGGUGGAAGGAGAGAAGCUGCCCUGUUCUCUCAUGGAAAUGGUGGCAGCAACCAACACUACAGCCACCACCCACCCUAACAACAUCAUUGCUUUCUCAGACAACUCCAGUGGCAUCAAGGGAUGGGAGGCAGCUGUCCUGGUGCCAUCAGACCCAUGUGCUGCCUCAGAGGUCAAGGUGGAACGUCGCCUCAGGCACAUCAUCUUGACUGCAGAGACACACAACUUCCCCACUGGUGUUGCUCCCUUUAGUGGUGCCACAACAGGGACAGGCGGCAGGAUUCGUGAUGUACAGGCAGCUGGCCGAGGUGGACAUGUGGUGGCAGGCACUGCUGGCUAUUGCUUUGGGAAUCUGCUGAUCCCUGGCUAUGAUUUACCUUGGGAGGAGAAGGAUGUGGAGUAUCCAAGUAACUUUGCUCCAUCACUAGAAGUAGCCAUAGAGGCCUCUAAUGGAGCCUCUGAUUAUGGCAAUAAGUUUGGUGAGCCCAUCAUAGCUGGGUUUGCACGCUCCUUUGGCCUCGGUGUGGGAGGGCCAGGUCACACAGAGAGGAGGGAGUGGAUCAAGCCCAUCAUGUUCAGUGGAGGCAUUGGAACCCUGGAUGCCACCAUGGUGAAAAAAUACGAACCUCAAGAAGGUGCCAGGAUUGUAAAGGUGGGCGGCCCAGUGUACAGGAUUGGGGUUGGGGGUGGAGCGGCCUCCUCCAUACAGGUUCAGGGGGACAAUGAACCCAUGCGUGAUCUUGGGGCGGUGCAGCGUGGGGAUGCCGAGAUGGAGCAGAAGAUGAAUCGGGUCAUACGAGGCUGCCUGGAGAUGGAGGUCAAUCCCAUCAUGGCCCUGCAUGACCAAGGGGCUGGAGGAAAUGCCAAUGUCCUGAAAGAGUUGAUGGAGGGGGCAGGUGGCCUGGUGUUUCGGGACAGCUUCACCUUGGGGGAUCCCACCCUGUCCACUUUGGAAGUUUGGGGUGCUGAGUAUCAGGAAUCUAAUGCCCUUCUGGUGCAGCCCAAUGAUCUUCCUGCCCUGGCCCUGUUAGCUGCCAGGGAGAGGUGCCCCAUAGACACUGUUGGUUAUAUCUCUGGGGACAACAAGGUUCGUUUGGUGGAAGGAAGGAUGGAGGAUGCAGCCACUCUGCUUGAGGGUGCACCAAAAUACCCAGUGAAUCUACACCUUGAUUGGGUCCUGGGAAAGAUGCCAAAGAAGGAAUUUAGAUGGACCAAAGAAAGAGUGGAGUCACUUCCCCUGGUGUUGCCGGAGAGCCUGAGUGUGAGGGAGGCCCUAAAGCGAGUCCUGAGGCUGCCGUCUGUUGCCAGCAAGCGCUACCUCACCAAUAAGGUGGAUCGCUCAGUGACAGGCCUGGUGGCUCAGCAGCAGUGUGUGGGGCCCUUCCACACUCCACUGGCUGAUGUUGCUGUCACUGCUGCUUCUUUCUUCAGCAAGGAAGGAACUGCUACAAGUAUUGGUGAGCAACCAGUGAAGAUAUUGGUGAACCCUCAGGCUGGUGCUCGCCUCACAGUGCUGGAAGCCGUGGCUAACCUUGCUGCUGCUCCUGUCUCUCACUUGAAGGAUGUCAAGUGUUCAGCAAACUGGAUGUGGCCUGCCAAGCUGCCUGGUGAGGGUUGGUCCUUGUAUCAGGCAUGUGAAGCCAUGUGUGAUGUCCUGAAAGCUGUGGGUGUUGGUGUAGAUGGCGGAAAGGACUCGCUGAGCAUGGCAGCAAGAGUAGCAGGGGGAGUGGUGAAGGCUCCUCCAGGCCUUGUUGUGUCUACAUAUGCUCCCUGCCCUGAUAUUACCAAGGUUGUGACACCAGACCUGAAGAGUCCUGGUCGAGGAGAGGUGGGUGAGUUGGUGUGGGUGCGGCCUGUCCCUGGCUACGCCCGCCUGGCUGGGUCAGCUCUGGCACAAGUGUAUGGCCAAGUGGGGAGGGAUUGUCCUGAUGUUGACCAACAUCACAUUGCAGCAUUUAUUGUUGCAUUCAACCUUAUUCAAGAGCUGCUCGAUGAAAGAGCAGUGCUGGCACUACAUGACAUCAGUGAUGGUGGGCUGCUGACAUGCUUGCUGGAGAUGUGUGUGGCUGGCUGGGGUGGAGCCAGUGUGGAUGUUCCACCACCACCAGCCCCUCCAUCCACUGCCACAGACAAGGCACCGCCCACUCUUGCUGCACUCUUCAGUGAAGAAGUUGGGUGGGUGAUGGAGGUGGGCCGUGGCCAAGCCCCUGAUAUUGUUCACAAGUUUGUGAGUAAUGGCGUCCCUGGCACCUGUGUUCUGGGCACCACCACCAGUGUUGGGUCUCAGGCUCAGGUGAAUGUUCAUGUUGGAGGAAAAGAAGUUUUAAAUAUGACUGUCCUGGAAGUUGCCAAAGAAUGGGAAGAAACAAGCUAUCAAUUGGAAAGACUUCAGACCAACCCAGAGUGUGCCAAGCAGGAGUUCUUGAGUCUAGAGAGCUGUACUCACACCACUUACCAUGUCCCCUUCUCCUAUAGGGACUUUGUGUUAGGGCCAGAAAGGAACCGUGUGAGUGUGCCCCGGGUGGCUGUUCUGAGGGAGGAAGGAACCAAUGGGGACCGAGAGAUGGUGGCAGCUCUCCUCCAGGCAGGCUUCUGUGUGCAUGAUGUCACCAUGUCGGAUCUCCUGUGUGGAGAAACCUUACUACAAGGGUUCAAGGGAGUGAUUUUCCCUGGAGGAUUCAGCUAUGCUGAUGUGUUGGGAUCUGCUGUUGGCUGGGCAGGUGUGGUGCGUGGAUAUGGAGGACUGCGGGCAGCACUGGAGGCGUGGCGCAUCAGACCAGAUACUUUCUCCCUCGGUGUUUGCAACGGGUGUCAGCUGAUGGCGCUGCUUGGCUGGCUUGACCCUCCCAACACAAGUGAGAAUGGGUCACCUGGUGUGCUUCUCAAAGGUAACAUCUCAGGCCGUUUUGAAUCCCGGUGGUCUAGAGUUCUCAUUGAGAAGACUGACUGUGUCCUGCUGAGGGGAAUGGAGGGUGCCAAGCUUGGGGUGUGGGUGGCUCAUGGAGAAGGUCGCUUCACUUUCCGGAGUGGCAAAGUGGCUGAGGCAAUAGAAAGCAGCAAGUGUGUGGCUCUGCGUUACCUGGACCCGCAGGAUAAGCCAACACAGCACUACCCCUUCAACCCCAACGGCUCUCAGGGUGGUGUAGCAGGGCUAACAUCAGCAUGUGGGAGGCAUCUGGCCCUCAUGCCCCAUCCUGAGAGGUGUGUCCUCACCUGGCAGUGGCCACACCUGGCACCUCCACUGCACCAUGCACCAAGAGAGCCACUCAGACUAACAGCACCUUGGAGUAAACUCUUCCAGAAUGCCUUUGACUGGUGCCUGGAGCAUCCUUAAAGAGAAGGAGAGAAAACAAAAUUGGCAUGGCAGGGAUCACAAAUAUAUACAACUAAAAGAAAAGUAUAUCGUGUCACUUGUGGGUGAGCAUAUGAGUUAAUGUAAUGUUCAAAUCUUUUUAGACCACGUAAGAUCCAUGACUUUUUUCCAGGACAGACUGUAAAGUGGCUUUGCACUUUGCUGGCUGUUGGUGUGGCUGUCUGGAGGAUGGAGUGUACUUGCUCAAGGCAAUAGUUUGCCAAACUCUUGGAAUUGGAUUUUGAUAGCCAGUUUGUGAGUUUGUGACUAACUUUUCUUCAUAUUCUUUAAUUAUGCUAAGACAGAGUUCCUUCAUUACCAA